AUGCCCGAAAAUAUUAUCAAAGAGUUUAACGCCGAGAAUGACAUUAAAGUCGCGGACAGGGAUGACAGCGCUCUACCUUCACCUCAAACCCCUGCCAUAGACCUGACCGCACAUACAGUGCGUUAUUGUUUUGAUAACAUUAUUACAAACGCCGGCUAUUAUGUGAAACAAACGCUAGGGCUGUCCACCCGUACCGGCACUGGUGUUAGUAAUAGUCUAGGCGAUGAGGGGGUGGAGGGAUCCGUUAAAUCACAACCAGAGCAUCCAAUUGAGUCCAGUAUAGCGCCAGCACCCCCUGCGGUCAUACCUAUACAUACGGAUACACCUAUUCCUGAGCCAUUAGCGCCGGGCUCUCACCGCUCGGCGCCCAUUAACUAUCUGGACGUUGAACUCAAUCCAUACGAUUUUGCCACAACCGACAGCUCCCCAAACAUGCCAUACAUUACAUACACGGCAUGUGUUGGCACCGUAUGUGUGACUUGCGUACGAUUUGCUGCCGGCGACUACCGGGCGGUCAAACGAUUGAUAGAGAUAUCGAGAGACAAUACGGGUGCCCGCGAUCCGGACACUAUGGUUGCACUUAUGGCCAAAAGUGGUUUCAGUGGCUGGCAGUACAAGAAGUGUGUCAAUUACUUUUACAACGCUUUGUAUUUUUAUGAGAAGUGUUUGGCGAACUGUCCGAACCGGGAGACGGCGGCCACCGUUUACCCCCUGUUUACCACAAUGCAUGCAUUUGUACCCUAUUAUCUCAUGACUGCCAAAGACUUUGCUAAACUCAAUGAACUAAAGCGAUUGUUUGACAAGAAAUGCGGCCAACGUGUCACCACAAUCACCACCCCUACCGUCGCACCUCUACCAACUUCUUCAACAGCCACUGGUGCCCAUACCGUAGCCCCUGAAGACCCCAUACCGACCGGUAGUAGUGAGCAAAACCCGAUUGACUACUUGUGUCUACCGGUGACGGGCAGAAACUUCGUGACAAACACCAGUUCCCCGCACUUGCCAUACAAGACAGCUAUUGUUAAAGUAAAAGGCGUGUGGUUUAGAACCGGACACUUUGGGGCCGCCAACCACUUGGCUCUCAACCGACUGUUACGAUUGGUUGACAAACACCGGCCCACCGAUGGUAGCCCUAUGACUGAGUCCCAAUGGGAAUGGGUGGCUAUUGCUAUGCCCCGAGUCGGUGAUCACAAUAAACCCGAUGUAGUGUUUGACCCGAAACUGUGCCAAAACUAUGUGCAAAACGCACUCGACUUAUAUAAAAAGACACUGGAGGUGUGCCCAAACAUGGAUAGGGCCGGUAUUGCGUUUCCCAUGUUUUAUACUUUACACGAGUUUAACCCGGAGUCAGUUGUGUCGGACGCCGAGUGCCGUGAAAUUAAACGUUUGCGAGAAUUGUUUGCGAACACGUGUAGGACAUGUGGCACUUAUAUCGAGGACCAGCGCCCGGUGUCUUGUGAUACGGCACCGGUCAACACAUUUACCAGUAAUAUCCCUAACACAGCACUGGUAUGCAGUAAACUGAGUGGUGACCCGACAAUUAUAGCACCGUUUGCAUUACCAGCGGCCACAGCCAGUGCACCACCCGUUCAGACAAAUGUCUCGGACAUCGCACCCGUAGGCCAUAAAACAUUUGCAACAUUAUUGUCCACGACGUCUGCACUGCCGGUCCCGUCAGUCACUGGCCCGACCUAUAGACCGCCUAUGGAUUCCCAGCUCAGGCCUAUCACUAUGUCGACUAAGGUGAUUGUGACGUCCCCUGUCUACCCACCCAACCUUACUCUGGCGGGUAGAAACGAUGUACACGACUUAUACGUAAUGUGUGCUAAAAUCACCCACAGAGAUUUACUCGUUUUUAGCCACCUGUGCCGCUGUGUUGAUGAAGCGAUUCAAAUGUUGAGUCCCUUUGAAGAGAACCAGAAGUUGUUUUGGUCGCACGUAUCGCAGCUAAUGCUGGAGUCGGGCCACACAUUGACCCCGAAUAAGUCAUAUCAGUUUUUGUUUACCGUUCACGUGACCAAGUUUUAUAAGAUUGCGUUGAAGUAUUUGCCAAACUAUACGGCAGCGGUUAAAGUGUACCCGUAUUUCUCGGUUAUACAUGACAUGGAUUUGAGUCAAUCGUUAUCACAGAAAUUAUACGAAAGAAUUAAAGUCUACAAUGAGAUCCGCAAACAAAUCAAACACAACAUCACAUCCAAUACCCAUGUCUUCGAGGUAUUUGACACUGAUUUCAAUGAAUACUGUAUUAUAACGAGUGAUAAUCAUGUGAUUGAUAACUUGUCGCGACUACGGGUGCGGCCGAAGACUGUGAACAACGAGUCCAUAGGUUUAGGCAUUAAUCGGGACUCAAAUGUUGGCCACAAAUACAGUCAUAAAAUACAGUACGAGAAAAAUGAGCUCAACUUAAGUGAAAACUAUAGCAAUAAAUGUGAGGACAGAGAGGACUCGAUUGCCGGUGACAGUAGUGCUCAAAGUGUUUGUACUAAUAGUGACAGUAGUUAUGAUACUCUGCCGGCACCGGCACCCCAAUCACGAACACCUCCAUCGCCGCCAAAAUUACCACAAAAAUUACCCGAAAAUGUGUUCAAACAGUUUAACGCCGAGAAUGGUAUUAAAGCGGUGGACAGGAAUGACAACGCCUAUCAGUCCAUCGCACCCGUAGCCAACUCUAGCGUUACCAAAGCCAUGGGCUCUAAGAAAUCCCGGUUUUCAUUCACUAAAAUUAUCGCAAACACCGGGUAUUAUGUGAAACAAACACUAGGGCUGUCCACCCGUACCGGUGCUGGUGGUAGUGAUGGUGUGGGCGAUGAGACGGUGGUUGCUGAACAAUUUAAUACAGGGCAACAAAUUGAUACACCUGUAACUGUAACCACGCCUUUGGUCACAUCAAUACCCUUGCCAUUAGCGCCGGGCUCUCACCCCUCGGCGCCCAACAACUAUCUGGACGUUGAACUCAAUGCGGAAACAUUUGCCACAACCGGCAGUUCCCCACACAUGGCAUACAUUACAUCUACAGCAUGUGUGGGCACAGUAUGGGUGAUUAGAAUUAGGUUUUGUGUUGACGAGUACCGGGCGGUCGUACGGUUAGCACAGAUACUGAGCGCCAGGCCGUCGGCCAGCGAUCCGGACGUCAUUGUCAGACAAAUGGCCAAAAGUGGUUUCGAUGGUUGGGAUUACGCAAAGUGUUUGAAUUACUUUUACAAUGCGUUGGAUUUGUAUAAAAAGUGUUUGGCGAACUGUCCGAACCGGGAGACGGCGGCCAUUGUUUACCCCCUGUUCAACACAAUGCACUCAUUUGUACCCUAUUUUCUCAUGACUGCCGACGCUUUUGGCGAACUAAACGAAUUGCGGCGAGAAUUUACCGGCAAAAAUGAUCUCGCUGAGCACACAAUUAGUACACAAACAGGUCGCCAAUUAAUGGACAAUACACCACUUGAGCCCCCAGUUUUGGACAUCAUUCAGCCCAAGUAUGCGUCCAUAACCUCCACAACUAGUGAACAGAACCCGAUUGACUAUUUGGGACUACCGGUGACGGGACCGGUGUUUAUUGUAAACACAAAGUGCCCGCACUUGCCAUACAUGUCAACCGUAGUUAACGUGCGGAGCGUAUGGCUUAGAGUCGCGCAUAUAAGGCCAGUUAAUCGCCUGGCCCUCAAUCGACUGUUACAAUUGGUGGACAAACACCGAUCCACCGAUGGUAGGCCUAUGACUGAGACCGAGUGGGCACGUGUGGCCAAUAAUAUGCCCCGUAUUAAGGCUCUCAAUAAACCCGAUGUGGUGUUUGACCCGAAACGGUGCCAAAACUAUGUGCAAAACGCUCUGGACUUAUAUAAAAAGGCAUUGGAGUGUUGCCCAAGUGUCGAGAGGGCCGGCAUAGCGUUUUCCGUGUUUUAUGCGCUACACGUGUUUAGCCCGGAGUGUGUGGUGUCGGACGCCGAGUGCCGUGAAAUCACACGUUUGCGUGAAUUGUUUGCGCACAGGUGUCGGACAAGCGAGGCCUACAUCGAUGAUGACCUGGAGCACAUUGGAGCUACCGGUGGACAACCCGCGCCUGUCGUGGCUUACCCUGUGUUUGCAUCGACACCAAUCACUGCGGCUACCAACGUGAUUGUGAAUUCUCCUGUCUGCUCACCGCCCACCCUCUGUUUGGCGGCUAAUAAUGAUUUACACGAACUGUACGCAAUGUGUGCCAAAAUCACCCCGGACGAUUUUUUAGUCUUUACCCAUUUAUGCCGCUGUAUUGACCAAACGGUUAAAACGUUGGGUCCGUUUGAAGACAACGGGGAGUUGUUUUGGUCGCACGUAUCGCAGCUUAUG